AACUCUAACAGAUUAAAUUUAUUUUUUCUAAAAAAAUACAAAGAAAAAGCGAUAAUCCUCCCCCAUACCGUACCUCCAACACGAACUCCAGAAUGCUGAAAGCGAUAAUUUCAAUGCAAUUGAGAAGUGAAAUAGUUCAGUGGACUGAACAGAGUGAUAGUAGUAAGAGAUGAGUGUAAUGAAAAGUUGAAAAUUCUAUCACUAUUCUUCAUCGCCGCUAAACAUGAAUUCUCACAUCGCAAAUACCAUGGAUUUGCUUCAACUCCCAAAACCCUUCUUGCCUCCUAAAACCCCUUUCCCUCAUUCUUUACCUUCUCGCUUUCUCACAACUACAUUCCCUCGUCGCAACUUAACAAAUCGAUGGAAACUCAGAACCACUGCUUCGAAUUCCGUUUCCGACACUGCAACGUCCAAACAAGAGCAAGAAGAAGAAGAAGACACCGAGUCCAUUCAGCUAUUCGAGAAACUGAAGGAGGCUGAAAGAAAACGGAUAAGUGAGUUGGAAGAACUUGACAAGAAGGCAAACGUGCAGUUAGAGAGGCAGCUUGUCAUGGCUUCUUCGUGGAGCAGAGCUUUGUUGACCCUGCGUGGAAAACUCAAGGGAACUGAAUGGGAUCCUGAAAAUUCACACAAGAUAGACUUCAGCGAUUUUUUGAGACUUCUUGACUCUAACAAUGUUCAGUUUAUGGAGUACUCUAAUUAUGGUCAAACGAUAGCAGUUAUUCUACCAUAUUACAAAAAUGGGAAACCGUUAGGAACUGAAGGGAAUCCUAAGGAUAUUGUUUUUCGGCGUCAUCCAGUCAAUCGAAUGCCAAUUGAUAGUUGGAAUGAUGUUUGGAGAAAGCUUCAUCAACAAAUUGUAAAUGUUGAUGUCAUUAAUGUUGAUGCUGUACCCGCUGAAGUAUACUCAAGUGUUGCAACUGCAGUCAUAUGGUCUAUGCGUCUUGCCCUGGCUGUUGGAUUUUAUGUGUGGAUUGAUAAUUUGAUGAGACCAAUAUAUGCAAAGUUGAUACCUUGUGAUUUGGGAACUCCUAGCCAACAAAUUAAGCAGCCACUCAGAAGACAUGCACUUGGUUCUCUAGGAAAGAGUCGGGCUAAAUUUAUAUCUGCAGAAGAAAGAACUGGGGUUACAUUUGAUGAUUUUGCUGGCCAGGAAUAUAUAAAGAGGGAACUACAAGAGAUUGUUCAAAUUUUAAAAAAUGAUGAGGAGUUUCAAGACAAAGGAAUUUAUUGUCCAAAAGGUGUACUUCUUCAUGGGCCUCCUGGAACUGGCAAAACUCUACUGGCUAAAGCCAUUGCAGGUGAAGCAGGGUUGCCUUUUUUUGCAGCUAAUGGCACAGAUUUUGUAGAGAUGUUUGUAGGAGUUGCUGCAUCCCGUGUUAAAGAUCUCUUUGCUAGUGCAAGAUCAUUUUCACCUUCUAUAAUAUUUAUUGACGAGAUAGAUGCUAUUGGUAGCAAGCGAGGAGGACCUGAUAUUGGUGGAGGAGGUGCUGAAAGGGAACAAGGUUUACUUCAGAUACUGACUGAGUUGGAUGGAUUCAAAGUUACCACAGCACAGGUGCUUGUGAUAGGUGCUACAAAUAGAUUGGAUAUUCUUGAUCCUGCCCUAUUGAGGAAGGGUCGUUUUGACAAGAUCAUUAGAGUUGGUUUGCCGUCAAAAGAUGGAAGACUUGCAAUUUUGAAGGUGCAUGCCAGGAAUAAAUUUUUUCGUUCAGAGGAGGAAAAGGAGACUCUACUUCAGGAAAUUGCAGAACAGACAGAAUAUUUUACAGGGGCUGAGCUACAAAAUAUACUGAAUGAAGCUGGAAUUUUGACAGCCAGGAAGGAUUUGGAUUACAUUGGACGAGAUGAGCUGCUUGAGGCAUUAAAAAGGCAAAAGGGAACAUUUGAAACAGGGCAAGAGGAUAGCACUGAAAUUCCUGAAGAAUUGAGACUGAGAUUGGCAUACAGAGAAGCAGCUGUUGCUGUUCUUGCAUGUUAUUUUCCUGAGCCCCACCGUCCUUUUGUCGAGACUGAUAUAAAUUCUAUCCGCAGCCACCCAAAUAUGCGUUAUGCUGAAAUUUCUGGCCAGGUUUUUGCAAGGAAAUCAGAUUACAUAAACUCUCUAGUGCGUGCUUGUGCUCCUAGAGUAAUUGAGGAGGAGAUGUUUGGGAUUGAAAACUUGUGUUGGAUCUCUGCAAAGGCAACAUUAGAAGCUUCAAGGCGUGCAGAAUUUUUAAUCCUGCAAACAGGAAUGACUGCUUUUGGGAAAGCAUAUUACAAAAACCAAAGUGAUCUUGUGCCUAAUCUUGCCAUGAAGCUUGAAGCACUUCGAGAUGAGUAUAUGCGUUAUGCUACAGAGAAGUGUUCAUCUGUACUAAAAGAAUACCAUUCAGCGGUUGAGACAAUCACAGAUAUUUUGCUUGAAAAGGGGCAAAUAAAAGCUGAGGAGAUUUGGUACAUUUAUAAGAGUGCUCCUCGUAUAACUCAGCCUCCUGUAAGUCCAGUUGAUGAAUAUGGAGCGCUUAUUUAUGCGGGACGAUGGGGAAUCCAUGGGAUCAGUCUUCCUGGAAGGGUUACAUUUGCACCGGGCAAUGUUGGAUUUUCAACCUUCGGUGCUCCUCGUCCUACAGAGACACAAAUUGUUAGUGAUGAAACUUGGAAACUAGUAGAUGAUAUCUGGGAUAAAAAGGUUCAAAACAUUAGAGAUGAAGCUUCAAGGGUGAUUGAAGAAGAGAAGGAAAAGCCACAACUUUUGAUGGCGAGUCAUUUUCUUUGAGAGGAACUUAUAUUUGACCAGCAGGUGGCAUGUACUGAGGAAAAAUGAUACAAAAUCAGUUAAUUAUGUCGCAGAAAUAGCAACAAUGGAUGAAACUAGUUACUCGUUUUUUCUCCUCCGAUCUAAUUUGCAUUGUUAAAUUUUAUCCUGCCCUUUUCUUUGGGAAGCUGCGCCAUCAGGAUGCUAUCUUUCCGUUUGGCCACAGCUCUUUAUCAGCGUGAAUAUCCACUUGAAAUGCAUAUUAUCAAAAUGAUGAUUGAUACUCUGGAACAAGCUGAAGGUAUUCAAUUUUGUGAACGAAGAGUACGAGACCUUUUUUGCCACAGAUGGAACAGGGAGAGUUUAGUCUGAUCAGUCAAGUGAACUGCAUUACGACCCAUAUUGUAAUUUAUCACAUGGAUACGUUAUUGAGACAAAUGUAAAUUUAUCAGUUAUCUCAAAUGUUUCUAUAUAGUUAUUUUGUGAUCGUUGUCGUUAAUGAAUGGUGCAGAUUGUUGACUGAUUUUCCAUUACAUGAAUAUUCAUCAUCAACCCUUCACAGCAGACAGUGGUUAGCCCCUUAUAGCUCUAAUGUCUGAUGUAAAUCUUGUACACCAAAAGUGAUGUGCCAAUAUUAGUACUCUAAAUUCUAUUUAUCCAUUAACCUUCAUGUAAAACAAUUCCCAAUAUUUAUCGAGCACACAUCUUACUCUUCGUUGAGUUGAGGAUUGUGACCAUUAUCUUCUU